GGAGAUUGCGUGCCUUCACGUUUGCGAGUCCAGCUCCGAAUACCUUACACCAAAUGAUCCUCUCACGACUUUUGAAUGUCCAGAUUCCGAAUAACAACCACAUCUCUGAUACUUCACAUUCAAACGCUUGGUAGGUUCAGCCUCGCGACGUGGGCCGUGACGUGUGUUGUCUUCACAAGAUUCACCCGGGCGGCCGAUUUGUCUGAUUCACCUGUCGCCAUCCAGGCGUGGCACGGUCCUUGAUCUCUGUCUGCAACUGCUUGGCAUGCCAAGCGUGGGCAAGAUCGCUUGGUGACGUCUUUCUGCUUGAGCAUCUGAGCAUCUGACAGUUGCGAUCAUUUUUGCGCUCGACUCCAGAACCUGAAGACUUGAGACUCGGGAGUAAAAAGAUAUCUGGAGGGAAGACGGAAAUGUCCUUUUGCACGACGAGUACAAAGAAACCACCGGCCAGAGGAAGCCAGAAAGUGUUGGUGGAAUUGCGGAAAGCCCCGCGCUGGAGACAAGACAGCAUCGACAGGCGGCGGCCUGUGACGGGCAUUUUGGCUAGCGCACUGCCACGAUGGCUGGCCUUCAAAGGUGCGUGUAAGUCACCACAAAACUGCGGGGUCCUCUAUAAGGUCGGUCCCGCAGCCCACACUGCCCGCACCCCGUCAAAACUUCGAGACUCGGUUCUACAUCGCUUGUGAUUUCUGCCUGCGCAAUUCUUGCUCUCUGGCCAACCCCACAGUCCGCAUUGACCUCGCGCUCUACACCGUAUUCAUUUGAAGAUCGCGCUAGCAUUGUCUGUUCGUAUAUAACAAUCUGUAGUCGUUAACACCGCGCCGGAAGACCGAGGACCUCGCAGCCCCCGGCUACCUUUGACUGGUACACCCUACGCUUCAACGUGUCGCGACUCCUCUACCACACUCGCGCAACCCGUGAACAGCUUCUCCUCGACGGCGCUAGUGACAUCUCUCUCGCCCUACCGGUAUUACCCCCCUCAUCGCUCCGUUCGCGAAGCCCCUCCCCGUGGCUGCCCUCCCACUCCUACCGCGGUUCAAGGACCUCCGGCCAGCCCCGCCGAACGGCGUCAACUUCACCUGACCCAGAAUCUAUUUCAACCACCUCUUCUCCGUCGCGCGGACCCCGUUCUUCCAGGAUCAUGGGAUUCCGAAACAGCAUGGCCAGGCGUUUCGGGGAUACUGUGAGCAGAACUUCCCCUUCUUUAUCAACAUUUUCUCCCCCCAGUUCCCGGGUCACGGGGAUGGCCAGUACAAAAUCCAAGGCCCAAAAAUUCCAUCUCCGUCUCACAACCAACCCCCGCACCAAGAGCAGACAGGGCAGACAACCCGGGAAAGUCGAACCCAGGAUCAAGAAGCCCGAUAUGUCUUCUCUUCGCACUGCUACGACCAAGGGCCGAAGCAGUGCGCGUGCGAGCAGUCCAGCUACUAUCUCUCGAUACUCUACCAGGACCUCACGGAGACUGACCAAUGCACAGCUGGGAUCGGGCUCAACCCAGUAUCUAUCAUACUAUGACAUCUGCCUGACGACUGAGGAUGUUAGGUCCCUCCGAAACGACUGGCUGACAGAUAAUAACAUUGCCUUCUGGGAAGAAUGGCUCGAACGGGAGGUCCUCAUCAAGUACCCCGAGGCGAAGAUCGUCCUGCUUCGUCCCAGCAUGACGUUCCUGAUGAUGCAAUCAAGCGACGUCAGGAGUAUAGCAAGCGCCCUGCCAAACUUCGACCAGAUCACACAUAUCUUUCUUCCAGUCAACGACGCACGCGACAGCACCAGAUCCGACCUCGGCUCUCACUGGUCGUUGCUCCUGGUGUCCAAAAUCGAUGGCGUUGCGUUUCACUACGACUCGCUGGGUGGCGCGAACUAUUACGAAGCCCAAAAGUGCACCGAUCGGCUAAGUAAGGUGUUGGGCCAGGCUCUACGAUUUUACCAGAUGAACGACUGCCCACAGCAGGAGAAUAGCAGCGACUGCGGCGUCUACGUCUGUAUUCUUAUGAGGCAUCUUCUAAUCAAGAAGUUGCUCAACGCCAACGCUACUGAGAAGGUGUCAAUGUCGAUGGCCGGCAAAGCGGUCGACAGCCGCAGCGGUCGAAAAGAGAUGAUGAAUAUUAUCGAAAGUCUGCGAAAAGAAGGCGAGAGAAGACGCAGUGCAUCACCAUUUCCAUCCUCAUCCACCCCGCCACGCAUCGACUGAUGGGUUGCCACCAAGCGUUCGAUUGACGAUUACAAUCUGGCUCCAAACGGACCAAAUAGAACAGAGGUUGAGAUGAGGCGUUUAUCGGAUGCUAUCACUAGACAUCUUGGAGUUGAGCCCUAUGGUUCCUUCUUGUAACUGUAUUCAGCACAGCAGUCGGGUUUUGCCGCAUGAUUUGGGUCAUUCACAGCAUUUCCAGCGUUGGCAGCUCCAUUCGAGCUGAAGAUCAGCAGCAGUAUUUUGGUAUGAGAGUUGAGCCCUAUCGCAACUGUUGGUUCUUGGUACGAAGUCAUCAUAUUUUGAGGGCGGAACUCAUGGAGGCAAUGAUUGCUGUUGAGGUGGAGGUAUAUUACCCGAGAUGGCUUUCUGAGAGUAGUUGUUCUGGCUUUACAUUGAAAGCAUCACGACGAUGGAUCUGCAGUCCUGUGCCUCUACCUUCACAGAGGCGCUGGCUAUCUACGAGGGAGAACAGGUGUUUAGGAGUUAGGCAGGCAGGACACGAGUACCCCUUUGUUUUUAAGGCGCGAGGGCAGGCUUUGAGCAAUUGGAGAUGAAAAAUGGGAAGAAAGAGGGGUGCGGUUUGGGUAACAUCAUCUGGUUUAUCUCGUUAAUUGGAGAGGAUGGAGGGGGGUUAUGUCGCAUUACGAUACCCACAUCACACAAAGCCAACAUCUGCAUCAUCAUUGUGCAUGGUUAUGUUUACAAUUCUUCUAGACAGCACAACAGAAGUUCACGUUGGGCAAUCUAGUGGACGGCUAUUGUAUACUCAUAUUGUCUCAACAUUCGUCAUUCUUGUCGUUAUUACAGCAGUUUGAAG